AUGAGGGUUAAGAACUUCCUUGCCCACUUUUGGCUCGUAUUCACCGACCUCGUCGCCAGCACCCCGGUUGCCACCGCCGGCCCCCUCCGUCUGCCUCGAAAGCCACCGCCACCAAGCAAGACCCCCUCGAAUCCACAUGCGUCUACAUCACCGCCACUGAGUUGCAACCUCGUGGUCCCUACCGCUAAGAGCUGGGAAGACAACAAAGACGACAUCGGCGAGUUUGCUAGAACGCACUGGCUCCGCUACCUAGAGGACCCUUCCUACAAGACGUUUCCCUUGUACCUGCGCGAUCACUUUGCUCGCGAUCUAGCGCCAAGUUCCUUAUUCUGCGACACUGUUGGAGCUUGUGGGUUCUCCUAUCAAGCUUUGAACCCAGAGCUAUCGCAACAUGACAAACAGAUGGCAUAUUACGUGUUCGAGCAGAUAGCCGGUGUGAAUCAUCUGUUCAAGAGUCAGCGCAUAGGUAUGCAGGAGGCUGCAUCGUACAUUGACGGCAAAAUACCCGAACUCAUUCGGACGUAUAGCGCUGCGCCACGUAUAGAGCGGCAGCUACAAAAGAAACUCGACGAUCGGAGAAGGAACGAGAAACUAGGAAUGGCUGUUGGUUCUGCGCUACUGAUGUUAGCUGGUGGGGCAAUAGCCGUCCCCGGAGUGCUUGGCCUGGAGGAGACGAUAGUAGUUCCGCUCACAAACAUGAUGACGAACACCUACAUCUCCAUUGUUGGUAUGAUCAACGCAGCUCCUCGCGAUCCUAGACACCUCACUUUUGACGUGGAGGAGAAUAUACGUGGAUCACUCAACGAGUUUCGCCAUAUAAUGCUGAGUAAUCUCACGUAUGAUAUGAAGUCGUUUAUGGAAGGCGACAAGAACCACCUUGAGCAAGAUUUGAUCGGCAUCUUAGAAGGGGACUACUUCUUCAGAAGAGAUGAGAACAUACAAUCCGCUAUCUGGAGGAUGCCCGAGGAGAUGAUGUUCAGCAGCGUGAUCAACGGACUCUGGGCACAGGAGAGAUCGGACAUCGUUUGGGCGGAUGCAACAUUUCGUGGCUGUCAAUACGAUUCGCGUGGACCUUCAGAAAACCGGGUCUGCCUCGAUGAAGAUCCAAAGUCCGUGUACUAUCUCUAUUCUUUGGAUGUGUCCCGGGAGUAUGACAGUUUUACUAACGACAAAGCCCUCAUCCACGGUCCCACUGGUUACCGAAACUUCGUUGAGGGACAGAGAGAUACUACGUACGGACUUACCAAAGAAGAUAUCAUUCGUUCCUCGAUUUUCGUUCACGAGCACAAGCUGCAGAACGCCAUAGAAGAUCUGGAUUAUCGUGCAGUCUCUUCGGCUCUGGAACGCGGGAAGAACCUGGGCAAGAACUAUGGAAAGUUUCCAGGUACUUACAGGCUACCCAUUUCCCGCAACCCAGGCGGCGCAGCCAUCUGCAGCGUCUGGUCCCAAAAGGCUCGCAACUACCCAUGCAUGAGCGGCGAAUUUGGCUGGAACGACGGUACGUGGAGUCUGGAGAAAGACGAGACCUUCGACUUUCUCGUCCAGACCGGCCUUAUGUUUUCUGAGGAUUGGGAGGACUUUUGCAAUCAUAACGGCCAUUGUAAAGGAGACAAUGAUAUCGACUGGCACUCUCGAUUCGAAGGGUUGCGGAAAGAGGGUGAUCCGAAGAUUUCGAAGGGCUUGAAACACCCUUUUAAGAAGUGCAAACAGAAGACGGAGCACGGGGUGGGCGAACCUUGGCGCGACUUCGACGAGAAUCCUCCUUUGCGCUGA